CAGGGAAAUAUGUAAAGAUUCUAAAUAUUAUUUGUAGCUGUGAGUCAUAGUAUGUAUUUACUUGAACACAAUCUGAAAGAUAUGCCGGGGGUCUGAAAUGCUUGCAGCAAGCUAGCUAUCCGCAAUUAUUGGCGAAGGUUAGCUAGUAACAAACUGUUUUGCUAACAGCCACCAGAUUUAUCUGAUAAGAUGUGUAUUUCAUUAUAUUAAGUUGGUCACAAACUAGCAUAAUGGUUUGAUAGGUCAACCUAGCCUACUACCAAGUAACAUAGCGUCUCUUUGAUACAGUUAGUAACGUUAGUUAAAUAGCUAACUUGGAUCAUGGAUGUUACAAUUAGCUUGCUAGUUAAAAGGAAACAAAAUUUGCCCUAUUUCAGAAUAGACCACUGGUUUUCAUAAUUUGCUAGCUAACGUUUCUCCACACGCGCGUGCAUCUACUAGCUACAUAAUGAUAGAUGUGAUUGAACAAAAUAUUGUUGGUAUCCAUUAUUACUGGUUAGCUGAGGAACGUUCAAUUCAAUCGAUACUUGUAAACAUAUAAAUUAUGAAAACGCGUACCUCUACCUAUGUUUGUCCUGUACAACCGUGGUCCUUUUGCUGAAAUUCAUACCUUUUAAUAACAUUUAUCGAAUAUAACCAUUGACUUUUUAAUAAUUUGUGUUGCUCAACUGUAGACAUAGCGGCCUUGAGUAUGUAAAUUGAGAAUCAAUUGGCGCAGAGUUGAGCAACACAAAUCAGGAAAAAGUCAGUGGUUGUAUUCAAUAAAUUUUUAUUUAGUCUGGAUUAAAGCACUCCUCAGAAAGACCGCGGUUGUACACGACAAACGGGCUUAGCCAUGGUAUAUUGGUCCGUUAAUACAGGACUAAAGGCCCCACAGCAUUACUUUUGUUUAGCUAUAUGCAAUUUUUAUUCUGAUUUUUCAGAGAUUGCUGCAGCACCCCUACUUCCCGCGGCUAUAAUCAUAUUGUAGGUACAGUUUUCAGAAUUGACAUUUUUACAAGUAACGUUAUUGACUGGUGGUGACUCAAUGUUGUUGAUGGUGACUCAAAUCGCACGACCGGUUAUAAAAACUCAACUCCGCCUCAAUAUAAGAGAACGGAAUUGAGCAUUCCACUAACGGUUUGGUGUAGCACCGACAAUUCUAGACCAACCUUAACUUGGCAACAUUAUCUUCGUUCUCGAGCUGCCAAACAUGUGUCUUCUAAAAUGGCCGUGUCCAGUUGCAUGUGGUAGGUUUGUAUUUAGAAAAUGUUCCAUUAUUAAAAUAAAUAUAUUUCUCUUCAGGAAGUAAUCCAGCAGUGUGUACUCCAUCUUGUCAAUUUCAAAUCUUCUCUCAUUGAUUGAGACAGGAGUUAAAGUUCCACGUAAUUUUCGCUUGUUGGAAGAGCUUGAAGAGGGUCAGAAAGGUGUUGGAGAUGGGACAGUCAGCUGGGGCCUUGAAGACGAUGAAGAUAUAAUGCUAACGCGGUGGACGGGCAUGAUCAUCGGACCGGCACGAGUAAGUGUGACUGCAGCAGGAACUAAUUAUGAAAACAGGAUAUACAGUCUGAAAGUGGAAUGUGGUCCAAAAUAUCCUGAAUCACCACCGAUCGUUAGAUUUGUAACAAAAAUUUGCAUGAAUGGGAUAAAUAAUUCCAAUGGGAUGGUGGAUACACGAAGCAUACCAAUUCUAUCUAAAUGGCAAAAUUCUUAUAGCAUUAAAGUUGUUCUUCAAGAGUUAAGGCGUCUAAUGAUGUCCAAGGAGAAUAUGAAGCUUCCACAACCACCAGAAGGACAAACCUACAGCAAUUAAUUGUUCACUGAUUAUUUACUUUUGACCCCUAUUGUCUUAAACCUUAUUCUCUUAUAAAAUAUUCCCUCCACCAUUCCAAGAAUUUAGACUGAGAGCAAGGUUGGAUAUUCCUAAAAUUGGACAUUCCUUCUAGUUAGCUCAUUCUAGAAUGUUCCCACAGUGAAAUUAUGUUUUUAAGAACACAGGUGAACAGUUAUUUCUCUUCUAUUGAAGUUAGUGUUACCAUUCACUUUCUGAUCAAGAGAUGUAUCAAGUUGGCUUCCCAAGAGAAGCAUGGCACCAAGUGGAUACCCAAGUCAAACAAUUUAUCUUUCGAAUGGCAGGUCACUGAAAUGAAGAAUUGAGAUGUGUGUAUGAUGGCAUGCUCCAACUAAGAAAGGCACAAGUUGUAAUUUGUAGGUACAUUGAAAUAUUAUGAAGAUUAAAAUGUGGCUGUAGGCCAGAAGUAGUGUCACCGGGUGUGAAGGAUUUGUUUUAUAUUUUUUAUUUUACACAAUGCCAAUGUUUCUGUUCUGCAGCUUUUUGACUUGUAACAGACCUUAAAGCCUGUUUGGUUCUGAAAAAAUACCCCUUGCAUUUAACUUUUAGUGAAAAUGACAAGUGUAUGUAUGACAUUGAUUUUUCUGACAUUAAAAUCACUAUCUGAAAAAUGUUGCAAACUGGA